UAACCACAGAAAAGGUUACAAUCUUUCAAGGUGGCACGUGACGGCUGUGUUUAUUUGUGAAUUCGGGCCUUCGCUGCUCGAAAACCAGUCCGAGGCGGUCACUUGGACGAAACGGACCCCGGCUCAGACAUGCCACAAGGAGGAUCCUUCAAAGGGAAAAAGGAGAAGAAGAAGAAGGAAAAGCCAUUACAGAAAAAGAACAGGCCAAUUGCUCCAAAAAAGGCCAAGUUUGAGGAGGUCAAGAAGCUGAAGAAGAUAAUCACAAAGAACGUCAACCGUUCCCUAGAGGAGCAGAUAAGGGCCAUCGCAACCGACGGGCAGAAAGUGCACUUGUCUAAAAAGAAAGACAAAACCGACGUGGAUCCAAACAAAAUGCCGCCCAAAAACGCAUAAAUAGUACAUUCCUCUACUAAUGAUUAUGUAUUGGAAAAGUUUUAUUUGUAAGUGAAAAUAUUAUUUUUGUACAUUGUCAAUUACAUACUCUUGUUCAAAAUCUUAUGUAAUUUAUAUUCAAAAUUGGUUUUAGAUACAUAAAUGUUCAUAGUUUUUAGUCACAUGGCUAAAAUAAACAGAAAAAGUACAUCCUUAGUAAGAAAGACUUACCAAGGCUCCCUGAACUACACCACUGUAAAACAAUUGAAUUACCUGCAUUAAUAUAAUUCCUUUGUCUCUAUA